AUAGAUAUGAUUGAUAUGAACUUAUUAUUUCUCUAUUAACAUUAAACACGAGUCAAAUUUAAAUAGGGAAAUUAGAACCCCAAUAUUUCCAAUGUUACAAAACCUGGUAGCUUAAAAUUUUAACAGUGUUCAAGGCAAUGUUCAGAUAUUUUCAAAGGUAAGAAGCAAAUACCAUCCUCCUUAGCGCUCAAGCAGCGAUGAAAACAACCGAUGAUUAUUUUAAUUUUGUUUACGUCAAACAUUUCCGUGGACACUGCCUAGAUUUGUGCAAUUUGAUUCCGCUAAGUUAGACGAGAUAGAGUGCACGGAUGCAUAUGUAGAUGUGCACGCACACAUACAUACUCGUAGCUAGUUUCGGAUGCAAAUUAGAGAUAGCGCUUCGAAAUUAGAUUCCUUAAAAUGCUUUAAGAGGGCUCUCUUUUCCUAUAUACUUACUUUACUCUUUGCCUACAACAUACCUACUUAUUUGUGUCAUACUCGCCUUUUCAGUUUAUUAACUGUCACUUUGGAAAAUGUCACAAAUCUGUCAUUUCCACGCAGUAUAUGUUAUUUGAUCAACUAAAUUCACAUUAUUUAAUAGUAAUUGAACAUUAAAAUAACAAAAUGGUACAAUUAAAGCAAGUAUCAUUACGAUUGAAGUCCAUAAAAAAUAUUCAAAAAAUUACAAAGACAAUGAAGAUGGUCUCUGCGAGCAAGUUUACUAGGGCAGAAAGGGAAUUAAGAGCUGCGAGACCAUUCGGCUACGCUCCACGAAAGUUCUACGAGUCGAGUAAGCUGGUGGCGGGGCCGGUCGAUGCCAAGCCAGGCGAAGAUAAGAAAGAGGCGGCGGAGGCCGCGGUGGCGCCGGCGGCGGCUGCGGCGCCUGACCAGGAGGGUGACAAGAAACUCAAGAGAGUGUACAUUGCUGUAACUUCUGAUCGAGGACUAUGCGGUGGAGUCCACAGCGGCGUAGCUCGCCGCAUCCGCCGUGAUAUGAUAGCGAGAAACGCAGAGGGCGCCACUCACAAAAUAUUCGCCAUAGGUGACAAGUCACGUGGCAUGCUUCGACGCCAGUUUGCUCCUAACAUGAUCGUUUCCAUUAAAGAUAUUGGUCGCCAAACACCUGUGUUUGCUGAUGCGUCUCGGAUGGCCGCUGCGCUGUCGGAUUCUGGAUACGUUUAUGACAUAGGAGAUAUUUACUACAAUAAGUUCUACAGCGCUGUCAAAUAUGAAUUAAAUGUUAUACCUUUUUUCAACAAAGAUAAGGUUGAGACUGCGCCUAACAUGAACGCGUUCGACGACGUGGACGCCGACCAGCUGGAGUGCUACACUGAGUGGACUCUGGCCGCGCUGCUGUACUACGCGCUGAAGGAGAGCGCGGCAUCAGAGCAAUCCGCGCGCAUGUCUGCCAUGGACAACGCCACCAAAAACGCCAGCGAGAUGAUCAGGAAGCUCACGCUGCUCUUCAACCGCACGCGCCAGUCUGUCAUCACUAGGGAACUUAUCGAGAUAAUUUCUGGGGCAGCUGCGUUGGAGUAAAGAUACGUGAUAAUAUAACUUUGUGUUUUUCAAACCAGUCAAUUAUUUUCACAUUUUGCAGAGAAUCAAUGUUUCAAAUAUCCGAAUAUUUGCUGCGGUUCAAUAAAUACAUCUAAUGUUUGUUUGGGCUAAAGCGAUCCAGUUCCAGGCAUUUCAUCUUUAAAAUAUUGAUAAGGAGGAGAAUCAUGAAAAUACAUUAAACUUUUAAAUGUGAUGACUGAUGGUGAAGCACAUGUUAAUUUCUACAUGACCAUAAAGUUAGUUUACUUUGUCUAAUUCAGGCUUGUCCAAUUGUUUCUGUUUAAAUCUACGAUAUUAUAUACUGAGGUUGCCUAUACGGAUAACGUAUGAUACGGUGUAUUUAUUGUAGGGAGUAUACGUUAUUGAUUUGUAAUUAAAAAUAAAUAAAAAGAUAAAACACAACAA